AAUGACCUAGUAGUGGACACAAGCCUGGUGGGUAUUGUCCUGAACGGUCUGUCUCACCUCCACCAUGUCCUCUGCAAAGCCCACUUUGCCGUCUGUCUCAUACAUGGACUUGGGGGAAAUCUCAGUGAGGGAUCUCGUGAAGUCUUUGCGAAGGAGACUGUUACUGCGACAUGCAUUUGAUAAGCUGCGUUCCACGCAGGUGGCUAUGGUUCACUGCAGUGCUCAGACCAACCCAAGCCACAUCCUGCAGAAGCUGAGCCAGACAUGCAUGGUGAUCUCCACAAACACAGGCCGCGUCUACCGACCCAAGGACUGCGAGCGCCUGCUGCUCUAUCUCAAGGACAUCAACCUGCCCAAGCCAGACAAGUGGGGGACUUGUCAGAUGAUUGCUUUCUUACAGCAGGUGGUGACCUACAAUGGUUUCUAUGACUCUAAUCUGGAGUGGGUUGGAUUGGAAGGUGUCCAAAUUGUGGCCAGCAUGAACGCCGGUGCCACCCUGGGCCGACACAAACUGACCCCUCGCUUCACCUCUGUCGUGCGUGUCUGUAACGUUGGGUACCCAGACCGUGACCAACUCCAGACAAUCUACAGUGCGUAUCUCCGUCCCAUCAUGCACCGGCAGCUGGCCCGUCACUCUGUGUGGGGCAGUGCUUCCAAGGUCCACGCUCUGGCCGCCAGCAUGAUACAGUUCUAUGAACAGCUAAGGUCAAGAUUCACAGUGGAUGACCACAGCCACUACCUGUUCACACCACGUGACCUCACCAACUGGACCUUGGCCUUGCUACGCUACGACCUCACGGCAGGGUCAAAGGACAAUACUGCAGACACCGUGCUGGAGGUGUGGGCCUAUGAGGCCAGGCGGCUCUUCCGUGACCGCAUUGUUGGCCAGGACAACCGCAGCAAGUUCGACAACAUGCUUAUGUCGGUUGUGCGUUCUGAUUGGUCUGCAGACAUCUUUGAUAACAUUGACAACACCUACUUUGUGACCUGGGGGGCCCGCACAGACUCAGGAGGUCCAGCAGUCGGGGCAGGCGCCCCAUUACCUCCCUUUGGCAAGCCACUUGGGAAACUGUCAGAGGAAGAUCUCAAGGCCACCAUCGAAAAAGGCAUCAGGAUGUACAGUCGAGAAAACCGGGAGCUGGACAUCCUGAUCUUCCGUGAGGUCCUAGACAACAUGGCGCGGGUAGACCGUGUACUGACCAAGCCUAGCGGGUCACUGCUUAUGGCGGGUCGCAGCGGCGUGGGUCGCCGGACAGCGGUCAGUGUUGUGGCCAGCAUGCACCAGAUGCAACUCUUCUCUCCCAAAAUUUCCAGGGGCUAUGGCCUCAAGCAGUUCAAGAAUGAUCUCAAGACGGUGAUGCAACAAGCCGGUAUAGAGGGUGAGCAGGUCGUCCUCCUGCUAGAAGACCACCAGUUUGUGGAGCCUCAGUUCCUGGAGUUGGUCAACAGUCUCCUGUCUGCUGGUGAAGUGCCGGGAUUGUAUUCACCUGAGGAGUUGGAGCCCCUGCUCACACCGCUCAGAGAUCUGGCAUCAGAGGUCGGAUUCCGUGGAACUAUGAUCAGUUUCUUUGCCGCUCGUGUGUUACACAACUUGCACAUCGUCCUGGUGAUGGACAGCACAGCCAACAGUUUUACUUUACACUGUGAGAGUAACCCUGCCUUGUACAAGCAGUGCUCGGUGCAGUGGAUGGAAGGCUGGAGCCGGGAGAGCAUGGUCAAGGUCCCAUGGAUGCUGUUGACGAGACCACCAAAGAUCGAGGGUGGUUCGAUCGGCGAGCCAAAGGGACACAAGAAGAAGCUGUCCGGAGGAGAAGAGUUGUUGAAAUGUUUCCUUCACGUACACGAGUCGUGCAGCGCUCUGGGUGCCACGCCACGCCGCUACAUGGUGUUCCUGAACACGUACCAGUCCGUGUAUGAGAAGAAGAAGAGCAGCAUUCAGGAGAAGCAGCAGCAUCUACAGGCGGGCGUGUCCAAACUUAAUGACGCCAAAGUCCUGGUGGAUGACCUGAAGAGAAAAGCCGGAGAACAGAGCCACCUACUGGCCGAGAAACAGGGGGAGGCUGAUGCGGCUCUCAAGGAAAUCACAGUGAGCAUGCAGAACGCCGGUGACCAGAAGCUGGAGAUGGAAGAGUUGAAGAAAAGUGCUGCGGAGGAGAACAAAGUACUGGAGAAGAGGAAGAAGGCCAUUGACACAGAACUAGCAGAGGUGGAGCCACUAGUCCAGGAAGCCCGCCGCGCCGUGGGUAGCAUUAAGACAGAGUCGCUCUCUGAGAUUCGAGCACUGCGAGCGCCACCUGACGUGAUCCGGGACAUCUUGGAGGGUGUUCUGAGGCUGAUGGGGAUCUUUGACACCUCCUGGGUCAGCAUGAAAAGUUUCUUGGCAAAGAGAGGAGUGAAGGAGGAGAUCCAGACUUUCGAUGCCAGGAAAAUUUCACCAGAGAUCAGGAAGAGUGUGGAAGAGUUGCUAAAGAAGAACAAAGAUUCUUUUGAUCCAAAGAGUGCCAAGCGAGCAUCACAGGCAGCUGAGCCCCUAGCAGCAUGGGUUCGAGCCAACGUCCAGUACUCUUAUGUCCUGGAGAAGAUAGAGCCCUUGGAGCAGGAACAGAAUGAUCUCAGAAGAAACUUAGAGAAGGCUGAGUCUCGCAUGGCAAAGUUGAGCCAGGCCCUUGGGGAAGUGGAUCGUAAAGUGGCACAACUGCGUACUCGCUUUGAGAACUUGACGAAGGAAGCGGCAGAGCUGAAGAUCAAGCUAGACAAAGAGAAUGAGACCAUCGAUGCGGCAGAAACUCUUGUGUCGAAAUUGGAGGGAGAAUACCAGCGCUGGAACCAACAGGUUGGUGAGCUGUCUGCUGAGCUCCAAACCCUGCCCAAACGUGCUCUCCUGGCGGCCGCCUUCAUUGCCUAUCUGUCGGCCGCGCCUGAGGACCAGAGGAGGGACUAUCUGCGACAGUGGCGAGAUACCAUCGGCGUCGACCGCUUCGACUUGAGACGCUUCCUGUCUACGGAGAGUGAGCAGCUCAUCUGGAAGGGGGAGGGGCUGCCCUCAGACGAUCUCUCUAUGGAGAAUGCUUUGGUCAUCUUACAGAUACACGAUAUUCCUGUCGGGAGCUCCCUACGACCUUUUCUGGUGGACCCAUCGUCAAGGGCAACAGAGUGGCUCAAAGUUCACCUGAAGGAACAGCGGUUGGAAGUUGUCAACCAACAGGAUGCCAACUUCAGCACAGCUCUGGAGCUGGCUGUUCGCUUUGGCAAGACGCUGAUCAUACAGGAAGUGGAUGGUGUGGAGCCUGUGCUGUUCCCGCUGCUGCGUGGUGACCUCACUGCUCAAGGCCCUCGCUAUGUGGUGCAGAUUGGAGAGAAGACCAUUGACUACAAUGAAGAGUUCCGACUGUUUCUGACCACAAGGAACCCGAACCCCGAGAUCCCACCAGAUGCAGCAGCCAUCAUCACCGAGGUCAACUUUACCACCACACGGGCCGGACUCACAGGACAGCUUCUAGCUAACACCCUACAGCAUGAGAAGCCAGAGCUGGAGGUUCGCAAGACGGAACUUCUCAAACAGGAAGAGGAUCUCAAGAUACAGCUGGCUAAGCUGGAGUCCAGUCUGCUUCAGGAGCUGGCCAAUGCUAAGGGCAACAUUCUGGAGAACAAAGAACUCUUGGACUCUCUCAAUCAGACUAAGGCCAGCAGCAUCACCAUCUCAGAGUCUCUCACGGAGUCGGUGCGCCUGCAGGCCUCUCUGGACCAGGAGCGCAACACUUACCUCCCCCUGGCGGAGAGCGGCAGCUGCUUGUACUUCGUCAUCUCUGACCUGGCUAAGAUCAACAACAUGUACCGGUUCUCCCUGGCCGCCUUCCUCAGGCUGUUCCAGAGGGCACUGCUCCAUAAACAUGAUGGCAGUGGCACGGAGCUACGUAUCAAGACACUGAGCUCCCAGCUUCAGAUGCUGGUCUACGAGUACGUCUGUCGGUCACUCUUCAAGGCUGACCGCAUGAUGUUUGCCAUGCAUAUGGUUCACGGAUACCGCCCCGAUCUCUUCUCUGAGAACGAGUGGGAGGCUUUCUCUGGCAUGUUAGUGGCAGAUGUGAAGGGAGACAGCAGUCGUCUCCCCUCCUGGGUGGACCAGGAAAGACAGUCUGCCAUGGCAGCCUUCAAGACCAACUUCCCUCGUCUGUACCAAGAACUAGACCUGGAGGACUCCGGCCUGUGGUCAAACUUUGCCCGCAGCAGUCAGUGUGAGCAGGAGUUUCCCUCGGCUGUGGAACGCCGCUUGUCUCUGUUCCAGCAGGUCUUGGUGGUUCAGGCAACCAGGCCAGACAGGCUGGUCAGCGCCAUGGGGCUGUUUGCUUGUCGGGCGCUUGGCAUGAAAGAGCUGUCUCCUCCAUCCGUGAACCUGAAGAAACUGUACACAGAGUCAAUCGCAGCCGAACCCAUUCUCAUCGUUAUCUCCACCGGUGCUGACCCCUCACAGGAGCUGCAGGAGCUGGCCACAGAGACAGUGGGCUUUGAGAGGUAUCACCAGGUGGCCAUGGGUCAAGGUCAGUCGGAGCUGGCCAUGAAGCUGGUGCGGGAGUGUUCUAAGAAUGGAGAUUGGUUGUGUCUUAAGAAUCUUCACCUGGUCACUGCCUGGCUGCCUAUACUGGAGAAGGAGAUCAACACCAUGCAGCCUCACGCAGAUUUCCGACUGUGGCUCACCUCGGAAGUGCAUCCUAAGUUCCCCACCAUUCUGCUACAGUCCAGCCUCAAGGUCACUUAUGAGGCUCCCCCUGGAGUGAAGCGUAACCUGAUCCGCACAUACGAGAGCUGGUCCCCAGAGUACGUGUCCCGUGGCGGGAGUGUCAUACGUUCCCAGGCUCUGUUUGCCCUGGCAUGGUUCCACGCGGUCAUGCAGGAGCGACGUAUGUACGUCCCACAGGGCUGGACCAAGUUCUACGAGUUCUCCACUUCUGACCUCCGUGCGGGCGCUGACAUCAUAGACAGGCUGUGUAAAGGAGCUUUGUACGAUGCUAACACAUUCAGGAACAGUGGCUCAGGUGAUGAGAUCCAGUGGCAGUUUUUCCAGGGCUUGUUUGAGUUUGCCAUCUACGGAGGUCGUGUUGACAACGUGUUUGACCUCAGGGUCAUGGUCUCCUACCUCCAGCAGUUCUUCAACGGCUCGGUCAUCUCCCAGCAGAACAAAAACAAAAGGCUGGGACCACUCAAGAUACCAGGAUCUACCAACAUUAGGGACUUUGCUGAUGUCAUUGAAAGUCUACCAGAGUUUGACCGGCCAUCCUACUUUGGCCUACCAGAGAACAUAGAGCGUUCGACACAGCGCAACACCAGCAUGCAGGUCAUCACCCAGCUACGCGUGCUGCAGCGAUCUGACGCCAAGGCCAGCAAGUUUGACAAGGAGGUCUGGGCCUCCGAACUGGGACCAAUACUCAACAUGUGGAAGAAACUCAAUCAGGGUCAGAACCUGAUCCAGACCAAGGUCUCGCCCCCUGCCGAGAGGUCAGGCCAAGACUCUCCCGUGUUGACCUUUGUCCUCCUAGAGCGCUACAAUUCCAUCAAGCUGGUACAGCUGGUGCACGGCUCGCUGGCGGCCUUGAGCAAGGUCAUCCGGGGCACACAGCUGUUGACCUCUGACGUGCAGAACCUGGCUGCUGCUCUUCUCAACCAGGAGACACCUCUGAAGUGGCUGAGCCAAUGGGACGGGCCGGAGGAUCCGAUCCAAUACCUGCGGGGACUUGUGACACGUGCCUCUGCCAUCCAGACAUGGGUAGAGCGGGCAGAGUCGGGGGCCUUGCUGCGGGAGACAUUAGAUCUGUCAGAAUUGUUCCGACCUGACACUUUCCUCAACGCAUUCAGACAGCAGAUUGCUAGAGAGAGCAAGUGUUCUAUGGACAGUCUCAAGUUUGCCUGCACGUGGCGAGGGUCAGUGCAGGGUGCAAAGACCAUCAUAAAGAUUGGCGGCCUCAUGCUGGAGGGAUGUACGUUUGAUGGGAGUCGACUCGCUGAGAACCAACGAGACUCUUCCACUGUGUCGGCCAUACCGCCAUGUGUCGUGUCAUGGAUUCCCAAGGAUUCCCCGGACCCCUAUGGCAUGGAGGAGACCAUCUCACUUCCCAUCUACUACUGGGCCGCUCGUGAUCGGAUUGUGACUCAACUAGAGGUGCCCUGUGGGGGAAACAAGGACCAGUGGCUGCAGACCGGGGCCGCCCUGUUCCUGAAGAACGAUUAGAUGGACACAGAGGCAUAUAUGCGCGUGCAUGCAUGCACGCACGCACGCACGCGCACCCACACUCACAGACACACACACACACACACACAUACAUGGACAAGGGGCUGAAGACCAAGGCAAAAAUGUUUCUCAAGACUGGUUUUAAGUAACCCUACACAAACAUCCACCGACAGAGAGGCACACAGCACACAGUAGGGGGGAGUGAGAGAAUCAUGAUGCUUCUCCUGAAAAAUUAUUAGAGCGCUGGUCAUCACUCACUCGCAUGGAGACUUGCCGACACUCAGACACAGACCGAGGUGAAUCUUUUUCUUGAAAGAGGGAUGGGGAGGGACACUUGUCACACACACAUGGAGGCAGGCACACGAAGGACAAACACUGUUACAGAUAUAUUGUAAACGCAGACAUUCAUGCUCACUAUUACAAACAAAAUCACACACACACACACACACACACACACACACACACACACACACACACACACACACACACACACACACACACACACACACACACACAUGGAGGCAGUUCCACAAAUAUACGGACACACCUAGUUACAUGUACAUUGUAUGCGCUGGCACUCGUGCACACUAGCACAUACACACUCAGGCACACACAUGCUGACCAUUAGCAUGACCUGGACUGACCUAGACAUUAACACCUAACAGACUGUCAAUCUACUCUAUAAAGACAUUCUAUAAAUGAAUUAGUAACAUCUUUGUUUCUUCAAUGUUAUAGACUUUGUGAUGAUUAUUUUAACGUGAUAAUGUUUGCCUGUUGAAGCUUUGAGUGUUGUACCAUACUGAUUUUGAUUCACCCAUCAAGACUGUGAUAUCUCAGCUUUAUAAAAAUCCACGUCCGUCCUUCGGGUCUGGUCAAUCUUUGUUAUUAUGCUCUUUUUUCUCUUACUCUGAUUGUGUCAUAUAUGUAGGUGGGUGGAGGGUGCAACUAGUAGAUCUAUUCUAGAUCUACUUCUUUUUUUCCCUCUCUUGGUUCCGUCUGUCUGACAUUUUUUCAGCACUCUGACCGUAAUAAUGUGUCCAUAUACUUCUUUUUAUUCAAACAAAAAAAAAA